AUGGCGGACGAGAUUACAACAAUCGAUAUGGAUAAUGGGGUAGCUACCAGCCAUGGUGGCAGUGGCGACCGUGGUGGUUCACGAAAGUGCAUCUUCAAAUGGCCUCAGAAUCUUGUAAAACGUCUAGGAGAGGACAUCCCCCGUGUACCUCAGAUGGUAGCGAUUGGGCCUUACCACCAUUACCAAUUGAACCUACUGCCCAUGGAGGCUUAUAAAAGGAAAGCGCUCUCCAGAGUGCUCUACUUGUCUGGCGGACUUGAAAAUUCCAAUUUUGUCGAGGCCCUGAAACAAGUGGAGGAGGAGCUCCGCGAUCACUACGACGGGCUGGAUGCUCGAAGCUGGUCAUCCGAAUCUUUCAUAGAGAUGAUGCUUCUUGAUGGCUGCUUUUUACUCGACUUUCUUUUCAAACUAGACGAAAAAGUGAAAGGGCGCUUAGACGAGUCCAAACGCAGGGAGCUGCUUUACACCCCUGGCUACGCCGUGCUCAUCCGGGACAUACACUUGCUAGAAAAUCAAAUUCCUCUUCUCGUGUUGGAGGUGUUGAUGAAUGUUGCAGGAAAAGAAAAUUUACGAAUGCCAUGGAGAAGAGGGAAACUGUCCUCUCAAGCCUUGCAUUUGUUAAACUUGCAAAGAAUGAGCCUCCUGGGUGAGAACCGCUUUCCCAGUCCUCCGCGGUCCACUCUUUUUUCAGCCAGCGCUCGACAGGCAGUUACGCGUAUUGUCCGCCGUGUAUCUGGGGCGGAGUCAGGGGCAGGUGCUAUAACGCGUGAAGAGAACCUGCAGGGCGUUGCACUUGAUACGCUUUGGACCAUCCGUCGAAGGGACAGGUAUCUGCGGUCUGCCAAGACGCUUCGCGCAUCCGGAGUGACCUUCAAGAAGAGCAAACCCGAGACCGGCCUGUCGGGCGUGAGGUUUGAUAAAGGAGUUCUCUACCUCCCUGAGCUCGUACUGAACGAGGCAUCAGAGGGAGUGUUGAUGAACAUGGUGGCCUUCGAGCAAAUGCACCCACAGUCUAACAGAGGCAUCACGUCCUUCAUGUCCUUCAUGGUUGCUCUGAUAGACACUGCCGAAGACGUGAGCAUCUUGGGAAAUGCAGGAAUCGUGACCAAUAAUCUGGGGAGCGACGAGGCGGCUGCUAAAAUCUUCAACAAGCUCGGCGUGCUUGAGAUGUGUAGUCCCUUUUUUGAGGUCAUGGAGGAGGUGGUGACUUAUGCAUCCGUUCCUCACCAUGGGUGGUGGGUGCACUUAAAGGAUACCUACUUAGCUAACCCGUGGACCAUGCUCUCACUUACUGCCGCUCUGUACCUCUUAUUGCUAGCUUCCGUCGAAACGGUAUACACUGUCUUGUCCUAUUACCACACCAAUAAUGGCUCAGGCAAGUAG